AUGGUUGCAACGAUAGCCGAUCUUCUGAUAGACGUUUAUUUCGCAUUUCGUUUAAUCCAACAUGUUAGAGGAAAGCAAAGUUCAACCAAAGACGAAAAACCUUAUACGUUUUGUCACGUACGGAACGCUUUACUAGUGUCGAUAGCAUUCGCACUACAUUUAAGCAAUAUAAUCUUAAGUACCGAAUUUGUGUAUCCAAUCAUUGGUUUCACAAUUCAAACCAUCCUUUUCAUUAUCUUAUCAUGCUUGGUAACCUAUAACGUAGAAAAUUCCCAAAGUUCAAGUGAUUUAGAAAAUGAAAUUAAAAAUCAUGAGCAUGUUCAUGUUACCUUGAGAAUAUCAACAAAUUGA